CUGCCUGCCUGAUUAUUCUGAACUCACCAAUCCUGAUCCUAGCCUGUCUGACCUUGCCUGUACCACCCGGCCUGACUGACCAUGCUAUUCUGUUUGGUUCCUCCUGAGUUGUGGCCUUCUGUCCAAAAUCCUUGGUAAACAAUCGUGCCCCUUUGCUCGUCCAGAACUCCUACUAGGCUCCUCUCUUAUUAAGUCCUGGCGGCAUCUGAUUAGCAGAGGGCUCCUCCCGAAGUCAAAGGCGGUUGCUACAGGCGGAAACGGAGCCAUGACCAAAGAGUUCUGGAUUAAGGGACAUGUGUAUUAUUAGAUUAUAAUAGAGUCUACUGGAGACAUCCUUUCAGUAAUUCAGAACUUUCUGGAUAAAGAGUUUCCGUAUAACUGAUCCCAUACCUGUACUAAAUGUCUAAAUGAAGAUUUGAUAUUAGGCGGGGUGCAGUGGUUGGAAGUGUAACUUGGUCCCACUUGCCUAGUUCCAAACUAAAGACACAAUAUCCCACAGAAGAGGGUUCCAUAAAAAGCCAGAUCCAUCCAUUCAGCCACAUGUCCACAAGCAAAUCCUGAUCCUGUAUUGAAUACAUUCUCCAAUGCACUUGUUGGACAAAGUGACUUACCAAUUGUAAUCUGUUAAAUUUCAAGCAAAUUCUGAUGGAAAUAUAAAAUAGUUUUUAAAUAAUUGUCUAAUGAAUAAAGCAUCUCUCAUACUAAGGAAUACAUUAGUGCGCAUAUAUAAAGGUAGUUGGCAGCCAUAUAUAAGGCUGAGAACACCAGUCUGACUUCUUUUAAAUGUCCAGACUGGGAUUCAAUAUAGGCCCUGGCAAGUACUCAAGACCCACACCAGCCCAAUAAAUAUUGACUGUCUGUGACAUCUUACGGAAGCCCUGCUGCCAAUUACCAGAAUCCACCGAUGAGUUUUACUUGGAAUGUGUUGGAUCCUUUGUCACGACAAAGCAUGGUUUCAGCAAGUACUGCAUGACUUUUGCAUGAUGACAGCAGAAGAUUCCACUGCAAUGAUAAGCAACGAAUCAUCAAAUAUGUCUACUUCUAAUGUUUCUGAGGGUGUCACCGGAGUCCCUAAUGAAGCAGCACUUAUUAAUCUCAUGGAGCGUACAGGUUAUACUAUGGUCCAGGAAAAUGGACAAAGGAAAUAUGGUGGUCCACCCCCAGGUUGGGAAGGGUCCCCUCCACCCCGUGGUUGUGAAGUGUUUGUUGGAAAAAUACCCAGGGACGUUUAUGAAGAUGAGUUGGUCCCAGUGUUUGAAAGUGCAGGUAGGAUCUUCGAAAUGCGCCUCAUGAUGGACUUUGAUGGAAAGAAUCGCGGCUAUGCCUUUGUUAUGUUCACAAAAAAACGUGAAGCAAAGCAAGCAGUCAGGGAGCUGAACAAUUAUGAAAUAAGACCAGGGAGACUGUUGGGGGUUUGCUGUAGUGUUGAUAACUGCAGACUGUUCAUUGGAGGUAUCCCAAAGAUGAAGAAAAGAGAAGAGAUUUUGGAAGAAAUCUCCAAGGUGACAGAAGGGGUACUUGAUGUCAUUGUUUAUGCCAGUGCUGCUGAUAAAAUGAAAAAUCGAGGAUUCGCCUUUGUAGAGUAUGAAAGCCACAGAGCAGCUGCCAUGGCAAGGCGGAAACUGAUGCCGGGAAGAAUCCAGCUGUGGGGCCACCAGAUUGCAGUUGACUGGGCAGAACCGGAAAUCGACGUUGACGAAGAUGUGAUGGAAACAGUUAAAAUUCUUUAUGUCCGAAACUUGAUGAUUGAAACAUCUGAGGAUUCAAUUAAAAUGAUCUUUGGUCAGUUCAAUCCUGGGUGCGUUGAGCGGGUAAAAAAAAUAAGAGACUAUGCUUUUGUGCAUUUUUCAAGUAGAGAAGAUGCAGUGCAGUCUAUGAGGCAGCUUAACGGGACUGAAGUGGAAGGAUCCUGCAUAGAAGUCACUUUGGCCAAGCCUGUAGAUAAGGAACAGUAUACACGUUACCAGAAAGCUGCGAAAGGAGGAGCACCUGCCACGGCUACAGCCACUGAAGUCACCCAGCCCAAUUACAUUUACUCUUGUGACCCAUAUACCCUGGCAUACUAUGGGUACCCAUACAAUGCCCUGAUUGGUCCAAACAGAGAUUACUUCGUCAAAGGCAGCUUAAGAGGCAGAGGGAGAGGUGCAGCUGGCAACAGAGCCCCUGGUCCGAGGGGAGCCUACCUGGGGGGAUACUCAGCAGGCCGUGGCAUUUAUAGCAGAUAUCAUGAAGGGAAGGGUAAACCGCAAGAAAAAGGCUUUGAACUUGUACCCAACCUGGAAUUACCUGCAGUCAAUCCAGUUGCUCUUAAACACGGUACAGUGGCAAUUCCUACCAUUGGUACCCAGUACUCCAUGUUUCAGGCUGCCUCCGCUGCUAAGUUAUUGGAAGAAGGCAAAAUACACGGGAUGGAACACAUGAUGAAUCCAAUGGCGCUUCAGGCAGAUCCGGCAGCCGUUGCCGCAGCAGCAGUGAUGCCUUCAGUUUCAACACCUCCACCAUUUCAGGGCCGUCCAAUGACUCCAGUAUACACCAUGGCUCCAAACAUGCAAAGGAUUCCAGCUGCCGGGAUUUAUGGUACAAGCUACAUACCCUUUGCAGCUCCUGCCACAGCCUUAGCCACACUACAGAAGAACACAGCAGCGGUGUAUGGAGGAUAUGCUGGCUAUAUACCUCAGGCCUUUCCUGCAGGAACCAUCCAAGUUCCACUGCAUGAUAUCUACCAAACAUAUUAAGACUCUCAACGUGGUUUUUGGGAUGAACUGAAGGAACUCUUUUAAUAUUUAUGAAGAAAGACCAUAAAAAAUAUAUUCUAAAAGAAUAUUUUAUACAUGUGAAGUUUGUUUUUGAGAAAAUGUAUUAGGUUAUUUUUAAGAUUGAGAUAUAUAUAUAUAUAUAUAUAUAUAUAUGUUCGUACAUUUCCAUUUUUUGUGCUUUUAUGUUUUUGGCUUUUGAUAUAUAUAUGUGUGUAUAUAUACACACACAUAUAUAUAUAUAUAACCAUAUAGAUUUAUAUUAUGUGGUUUGGUUCUUCGGUUUUUCACACUGUAAUGCCAAUGUAUCUGGUAUGAAGGUUGCUGUGUGUGCUUGUGCCUUUAUUUUUAUUUUAUUUGUUAGCCCUGCACUCUAGAGAUGUAUUUUUAAUAGUACUGUUAUUAAUAUUUGCAAUUUAUGUAAGUAAAAGCCCUUGAGCAGCUGGAGGCGCUUAGGAAUGUUGGAGCUUCUGUAGUUACGUGGGCAACAUUUGCCCCUGUUUAAUAAUAUAGUAAUAACCAAUCAGAUGUUUGCUUUCAUUAUUCAGACUGCACUAGAGCAGUAAAAGCUGACUGAUGAUUGGUUGCUCCAGUGUGGCCCAUACCAUGGUUACUACAUAACCCACAUACUAUAGAAAGUACAUUCUGUAUUUAAGAUAUAACUAGAAGGUACAUUAUUUAUGAAGUCUUACUGGAAUUUUUUUGGGGGGAGGUGGUGGUUAGGAAAGCUUAACUGUCCUGUGAAUGUAUUCUCAGUGAUUUCUUUUUUUUUUUUUUAUAUAGGGUUCAGUCAGAGAAUUUUAGGGAGUAAUAUACAAUUCUGGCAUUGGGGUAAAUAGAAUCUCAA